GGUUGUAGCCAAGUGGUCUGUGACUAAACGGUUUACUCAGAAUCAAAAACAGCCAUCAUCUUGGUCUUCAGUUUAUCGUUUAGAUGUUUUGAAAUCCUGGAAAAAUGAAUCACAUUGGAUUAUAAACGGCAACAUAUGACCCACCUGCAUUCAAAACAACUGCUCCUCAUUAUCUGCAAAGGAAACCAACACAUACGUAAUGUGUGGUGAGAUGUCAAAAGUUUGUUUUUGACACCUCCAUGAUUUUUUUGUUUUUUUUUUCGUGGGGAGGGCAUGUGUCAUAAAGUGUGCUUGCCUAAAAUAAAACACAUAAGACACCAGACUAUCAUGAGGUUGUGAGCACAUCCUGUUUCUUCAUUUCAUUGUUUUUUUUCACUGAAAGGUUUUUAGUUUUUUUUUUCUUUUGUCUGAAUGUUGACUCAUCAAACUGAAAAUCUUUUCACUUCAAAUUUAAAAGAGCAUUUUAAAGAAUGUUAAAAGAAAAAAAAAGGUUAAGCGUGGAGAUCAAACUUUUAGAUAAUUAUCACAAUGAGAAAAAAACUGUUUAAUUAAAUAAAUAAAAUGUAUCGACGUAUAUUUGAUUAAAACGGUUUUCUUAAAUCCGACAAAAAAUGUUCAGACUCAGGCGUAUUCCCACACAGGGAGGGGGAAAUGACUAUAGGUGCUUUUUACUGAGUCACCCCGUUCUUUGAAAAAAAGUGCACCAAAACAGUAUAAAUACAGCUGGGAGCAUCUGGCAAACAUUGAAAAGUUUGGACAACUUUGAGUCAACAACGAUGACCGCUUUACCGCUGCUCCUGCUGCUGGCUGCGCGUUCCUUUGCUCUCCCUCUGCAAACAGGAGACUUUUCCUCCAGCAGCUCCACAGAAAUAGACGACUACCUUUUAGCUGAGAAAUACCUUCGCCAGCACUAUGGUCUCUCUCCCGGUCUCCAAGGCAGUAGGGCAGCUUCUGGAGCCUUUCAGACAAAGAUCAGGGAAAUGCAAAAAUUCUUCAGACUAAAGGUGACAGGAAAUCUAGAUGAAAACACUUUAGACAUAAUGAAGCAGCCCAGAUGUGGCGUCCCAGAUAUUGGCGAGUACAACCAUUUUCCUCGACGCCUGAAAUGGGAGCGCAAUGAUCUCACUUUCAGGAUAACAAAUUAUACUCCAGACCUGAAGAGUACUGAUGUGGACAGAAUAAUCCGUCGUGCUCUGAACGUCUGGUCUGCUGCCACUCCCCUGACUUUCCGGAAACUGCGCGAAGGCAUUGCUGACAUCAUGAUCAGCUUUGGGUCAAAAGAACAUGGAGAUUUUAACCCGUUUGAUGGGCCAAAUGGACUACUGGCUCAUGCCUACCCACCUGGCCGUGACAUUGGUGGAGACGUUCAUUUUGAUGAAGAUGAAAACUGGACCAAUGAUCAAUCAGACUAUAACCUGUUCAUAGUGGCAACCCAUGAAUUAGGCCAUGCACUUGGCUUGGCCCAUUCAUCCGACCCCGGUGCCCUAAUGUAUCCAGCCUAUUCAUACAAUGAAGGGUUUCCUCUGGCUGAAGAUGACAUUGACGGCAUUCAAGACUUGUACGGUCCCAACCCCAACGGCAAGAAGCUGAAGCCAAGGCCUGAUGCACCAACACGCUGUGAUCCAGAGCUGACUAUAGAUGCAGUCACAGAUCUUAGAGGAGAAACCUAUAUCUUUAAAGACAGAUUCUUCUGGCGUCUGCAUCCUCAGUUUCCAGAACCUCAGCAGUCUCUGACCAGGUCCACCUGGCCCUUUCUACCAAACCAGGUGGAUGCAGCGUACGAAAACCCAGAUAAAGAUACUAUGUUCGUGUUUAGAGGAAUCCGAAUGUGGGCUAUAAGUGGAUACGACCUUGUGAAGGGAUACCCAAAGUACAUACACAAACUGGGUCUUCCCAAAAGAAUACGGAAAAUUGAUGCUGCUGUGUAUAUCAAAGACACUGGGAAGACUCUCCUCUUCAGUGAUGAAGAGUAUUGGAGUUAUAACGAGGCCAAAGGUACCAUGGACACCGGUUACCCAAGAUCCAUUGAGACAGACUUUCCAGGAAUCGGUGAUGAAGUCGAUGCUGCUGCUUAUCGCUCCGGGUACUUGUACUUAUUUAAUGACAAGCUACAGUUUGAGUACAGCUACAUCUCAAGGAAGGUUGUUCGAAUCAUGAGAGCCAACUCCGUCCUGAACUGCUCAUAGGAAUGCCACCAUCAAUUAUAAAUAUAUAGCUGGCUAUAUGGAAACAUAUUAUGAGGAGUAAUACAUCGCGGUUGGACGCAAUGCAGUUCAGUGCAGAGAAGAAGAAAAAUGUAAAUUAUUGCUGGUGCUGGACACACAACACAAGAAAUGUGAUGAGAAAAAAUGAAUACAAUUUAUUUUAUUUAAUGUUUAACACUUGUAGUUUCAUAGUUUUUUUGUCUUUACUGAUCUAUGAAUUUUCUUCUUAAUUGACCCACAGAAGAUAGGCAACAAUCUUAAUCAUUUUGGAAAAUUUUAUAUCAGUUAGGAUAAUUUAUCAUGGUAGAAAGUGAAGCAACAAACACACAAUUUACCCAGAAUUCUUAGUGCAGGAUUUAUUUCAUGAAAAUUUCAGUUUCAGCACAUGGAACGUUUUUAAAAGCUUUUUGGAUUAUCUGAAACAACAUGGAAAUGGUUUAAUAAAUUCAGUUUCUCUCUAA